UUCCUUUGUUUACUUCCUUUUGAACACAGUCACACGGCAGUCAAACAGACUCUUCACACCUCAGUAUGCAGCAGACACUGGAGGUACGCAACAGAGAGGCAACAAUGACGAAAAGCUUCUGCAACACAUUUUAGGUCGUGCAUGACAAGAUGAGCACCAAGAUGGAUUACAAAUUUGGCACCGGACUAGAACUGCUGUUGGCUCACAUGCACGUAGAGGACAUUAUCAACGCAGCAGAGACACUCUAUCAACUUGAGGAAGAGGAGGAAGAGGCAGGAUUGUCUUUUGAUGAAGAGGGGCUUUCCCAGGAGGAGAUGGAUGAGAACGAGGAGAUUGGGGACAGAUUGGGUUCGGGGAAGGAGCAGAAGGACUAUGGUAAUAGGGAUGGGGGUGUUCGGUAUGGGACGGUGCAAGACCUCCUGUCCUUUGUGAACCUCCUGUCCAACAUGCAGGCCGCAGCUCUGCGGCACCUGCCUGAGGAGAUGGGAGUCCUCCUAAAUAAGAAGGAUAUGGCUGUUAAAAAGCGCCGCUAUCAGAUCAACAUGGAUGUUCUUUUGUUUCCUUGGAAGUUAACCUACAAAAAUCCCGGCUCUGGACUCGUGCCCAAGGGCUCAUUUGGGAAAGUCCACUUGGCUCAGGACAUCACAACCAGGAAGAGAAUGGCCUGCAAACUGAUCCCCAUUGAGAAUUUUAAAGCAGCUGAUGUGGAGUUUCAGGCCCGAUUCCGCCACGAAAACAUCGCAGAGCUGUAUGGCGCUGUGCUCUGGGACCAGAGCGUCCACCUCUUCAUGGAAGCUGGGGAAGGCGGUUCGGUCUAUGAGAAGCUGGACAGCUGUGGACCCAUGCGGGAGUUUGAGAUCAUCUGGGUGGCCAAGCAAGUGCUGCGGGGGCUGGAGUACCUUCACUCGCACCACGUCAUCCACCAUGACAUCAAACCCAGUAACAUCGUCCUGAUGUCGGACAAGGCUGUGCUGGUGGACUUUGGUCUGACGGUGCAGAUGACAGAGGAGAUAUACACCCCCAGAGACCUCAGAGGAACAGAGAUGUAUAUGAGUCCAGAACUGGUUUUGUGUCGAGGACAUAACACCAAGACAGACAUCUACAGCCUGGGCACCACCAUAAUCCAUAUGCAGACUGCUAGUCCUCCCUGGGUCAGGAGGUACCCACGCACCGCCUACCCCUCCUAUCUCUACAUUAUCCACAAGCAGGCCCCACCUCUGGAGGACAUACCAGAGGACUGCAGUGCGGUCAUGCGAUCCUUUUUGGAGCGGGCCUUGGAGAGGAACCCCGCCCUGCGGAGUUCUGCGUCCGAGCUGCUGAAGCACGAGGCCCUAAAUCCACCCAGGGAAGACCAACCACGCUGCUGGAGCCUUGACUCAGCCCUGGAGGAGGCCACCCACAUGCUGCUACGGCAGCAGAGCCAGCACCACGACACCACACAGGAAUCAUCUCUUUACUCUGAAGACUCUGGCCACAUGAGGAGGAAGGGCUCACUGUACCUAGACCUGGGGGCCUUGUCAGGGUACAACAAGCUGGUGACAGGACCCCCUGCCUCUGAAUACGGCUAACAAUUACCACCAAAAGCCUGUUAUUAACAGACGUUGAACUGUGGUUAAAGCCAGUUGCUCAAAUGCUUUUAGCCUUUGGGUUGAAACUCACGAAGAGCUGCAGGCAACAUGACUCAUAAAUGAAAUGAAAGAGACAUGGUGACAUCAUAUUCAAGACUUGCAGCCAUUAAUCCUCACAUUUAACAUUUUUAAAUAUAAAGGUACCAUUAAGAAUGGUCACUCUUUUGAGCUAUAAAGAAAGUGACUCUUGAACCAUGAAGGAACAGAACUACAUCUGCUUUAAGUCUUGCAUUUAUCUAUAGAUGGAAUUAUCUUUCCAAAGAUCAUCAUGCUAUUCCGGGGGAAUUAAAUUGACCAAUGUGUCAAUAACGACUUGAGUAACAACAUUUUUUAAACAAGCAUUUCCUAAAAAAAUGGGCUAUUACUCCCUGGUUGGCUUCAGUUUUCAAUUAAGGUGGAUACAUAUAUGUUUUAUUUUACAUUUAGAGAAAAAGCGGCGAAAAUCUAAAAUAAAAUGUCAAAAAGAUUUAAAAGAAAUUCUGAAGAGCCUGGUUAAAAACGAAAGAAAAAGAAAUGAGGCAUAGCCCAAGGUGUUUCCACAGCAGACAACACUGCAGAACAGUGGUUAUUGAAAGGCAGUGUGAAAAGAAAAAGCAUUAUCAAUUAUCUCAUUGUACUUUUAUUUAUUUAACUGUGGUAGUAACCAUAGUACAGCUUCUCAUCAUCUUCAUGGCAUGUCCUUUACAGAUUCAAAUUGUCAAGGCAACAAUAAUUCAAACUAUGUAAAUUAAAAUGGGAACCUGCAGUUUGCAAGUUAGAAGUCUCAAUUUACAGGUGUUUAAUUCCCCACUGAUCUCUUUUGGUAGUCAUGUCGGUCUUAGAUUACUACACAAACCUGAAAAGGCUCUCUCCAAAACAAGACCUCUGUAGAAAAGUCUACUGUGUGAACCAACCUGCAGAGUCAUGAGUUAUCAGCUCUGCAAUGCAAAAAGAAUGCAAUGGCUUAUGCAGCUGGUGUAAAGCUCCUUAGAAAGAGACGUCAGUUUUUCUCUUAGAAUGUAAGCUAUCUGUUUAGGUAUGUGUGAUUUACACAGACAUAUACUGAAUCAUUUAUAGUUCAUCAUGGACUUCCUUUUGUUGAUUCCUGUGGAAUAUGUAUUAACAACCCACAUUGUAUGCAAAUGAAGCUUCUGAAGAAUGCAUAUGUAAUUUGUGUUGUGCACAUAUUGUUAGACAAUGCCUGCUGUGCCCACUUCUUUGGUAUUACGCAUAGAAAUUACCCAGUGUUUGCAAUGUGUCACUUACUAUGUUGUAAAUACAAUAAAAUAAAAAAAUCCAAUGAC